AUGGACAAGUGGGUCCAAGUCUGCCCUCAAUGCCAGGCACACCAAGACGAAGCCAGGCCAACCUCAGGACCACUACAGCCAAUUCAAACAUCACAACCUUGGGAGAAGGUGGGAUUGGACCUGAUUGCGAUCAAGAUCUUCCCGUUCUCACACGUGGCGAGCCGCUUCGUGUGCAUACUCGGCGUGAGCGACGACCGACCCGAGGUGCGGGAUGAGGCCAAGCGAGGCCUGCGUCCGUUCGUGCAUCACCAUGUCGACAUCAUCUCCGACAGCGCCCAGCCCUAUCCGUCGUUCGUCGAUCUGGUCCAGUUCGUCUCCAAGCAGGUUGCCAAGCGCAUGGAGGGCGUGAACGACAAAAACGCCCUGCCGUUCCCGGCCGCGAGCUACGAGGAGGCGCUCAGUUUCCUCCUCAAGUGCCUGCGCAACAACAUCCAACGGAGCGGCCGCACGUGGCCCGAGUACCUGGCCGACCUCAGCAGCGCAGGUGAUUGCCUCACGCUCUACCGAGAUCUGCUGGAGCUGGGCUUGGGUACGCGCGGUGGGCCAACCCUGCACCACGUCGCCGCCAAGUCGCUCUACGUCACGCUCUACCACAUGAGCGACCAGCAGCUGGCCGAGUACUACACGGCCAAGAUCGGCCUGUUCCUGGGCAACAGCAACCUGCUCUACACCGGCGCCCACGAGUCGCGCGAGAUCAUCGCCCGCAUUAUCGGCUUCUCCGCUCCGCAUCUGCCGGCCGAGCGAGUCCUCGCCAUCAUGCAGACCUACCUGCCACAGCUCGACGCCAACGAGAUCAACGUCGAUAAGGUCGAAGCGGCCAUCAACACCCUCGCCUUUUUGAUCUGCCGAAGCCUCCAGUCCGGCUCCAUGCCUCCGCAGUGCAAGCAGCCCUUCGAGGCCGCCGUCGGCAAGCUGGUCGACGUGCUCGCCCACCGCUCCACCCAGAUCAAGGUCUACGCCGUGCGCGCUCUCGGUAUCAUCGGCCGGUACUCGCCGCUGCCUCUGCCGGAGGGACCCGCCGAAGGCCAGAGCGCCACCGGUGAAGGUGACGCCACUGCGCCCAAGGUGCUCACCAAGGGCGACCUCGUGAAGAAGCUCACCACCUUGCUGGGCUCGACCACGGAGGCCAAGCUCAUCGAAAAGCUUGCUCUCGCCCUCGGCUACAUGUGCGUCGGCGAGCCGGGCAUUGCCCACAAGACGGACAUUCUCAAUGCGCUGUACGGCCUGGACAAGACCAAGAGCGAGGAGAUCCACUUCAGCGUGGGCGAGGCCCUGUCGUGCGUCGCGUCGGGUGCAGCGUCGGCCGCUGCCAAGGAUCCCCUGCACCCGGAGAUCGACGACCCGCUGGACGAUGACGACGACCACCACGACGUCAGCAAGAAGCGUGCGGCCGAGAAGAAGGCCCAGCAGCAGCAGCAGCAGAACGAGGCAGAAGGCGACGACAAGGGCAAGCAGAAGCCGGACGUGCCGGCGCCGGUGGAGGUGCCGUACCCGGAGGUCAUGGCCGGCAUGCUGGCCAAGCUCUUCUCGUUGGUGCAAUCGGGGGCCAACCUGAGCCGCAACGCGGCCGCGAUCUGGCUGCUGUCGCUCCUGCAGCACUCCUCCACGCACCCCGAGCUCCGCUCCAAGCUGGCCCUCAUCCAGGCCUACUUCUCACGCCUGCUUGCCGACAACAACGAAGUGACGCAGGAGGUGGCCUCCAAGGGCUUGGUCAUGGUCUACGAGCUGGGCGACGCCGGGAUGAAGCGGGAGCUGGUAGACAACCUCGUGGCUACCCUCGCCACCGGCAAGGCCAAGCAGGCCGCCGAAGUCCAGCGCAAGGACGAAACGGAGGUGAUCCCCGAGGGCGCGUUGGGCGCAGUUCCCAAGGCGAUGGGCACCGGCGGCCUGUCGACCUACAAGGAGCUCUGCUCGGUCGCCAACGAACUGGGCCAGCCCGACCUGAUCUACCGCUUCCUGAACCUGGCGAGCCACCACAGCCUGUGGAACUCGCGCAAGGGCGCGGCCUUUGCUGCGACGGCCCUGGCGUCGCGCGAGGGCAUGGAGUACCUCAAGCCGUUCCUCCCGACGCUCGUGCCCCUCCUCUACCGCUCGUCCUACGAUCCCAACCCGCGCGUGGCCCAGUCGAUGAGGAAUAUUCUGAAUUCCAUCACCGACGCGCGCAAAGCGGCGGACGAGUUCUUCGAGCCCAUCAUGAAGGAGCUGCUCAAGGGCCUGGUGUCCAACGUGUGGCGUACGCGCGAGUCCUCAUGCUACGCCAUCUCCGACGCACUCCAGAGCAAGAUCUACAGUCACGUGGAGCCGUUCUUGAAGGAACUGUGGUUCUGCUGUUUCCGGGUGAUCGACGACAUCAAGGAGUCGGUGCGCAAGGCGGCCAUGUCCAUGUUCCGCACCCUCUCCUCGCUCUCGGUGCGGCUGUGCGAUCCGGUCUACACCAACCCCGACCAGGGCAAGGAGGCGAUCGCGAUCAUCAUGCCCUUCCUCCUCACCGACGGCCUGCACAGCCCUGUCAAGGAAGUCCUCGGCCUGACCAUCGACCAGAUCCAAAAGAUCUGCAAAGUUGCGGGGCCGUUGCUGAAGCCUCACGUGCCGGAGAUCGUGCACGUUCUCGUCGAUUCGCUCACGCAGCUGGAGCCGCAGGAUUUCAACUACCUGGCGCUCCACGCCGACAAGGACUCGCAGCGAGUUCUCGAGCUGGACCUGUGCGUGAAGUACGUCGACGAAUCCAACAUCGGUCCGUUGGCCAAGGCCCUGCAGGAGCUGUUCGCGCGCGGCGUCGGUCUGCCCACCAAGUGCGGCACCGCACACAUGAUAUCCUCCCUCACCAUGGUGUGUCCGCAUGUGGUGAAGGGCGAGGCGCCCGCGCUGCUCAAGGCGCUGCGUGCUGCGCUCAAGGACAAAUCGCCCAUCGUGCGGUCGACCUACGCCACCGCGGCCGCCGGUCUGGCCCCGUUGACCACCCACGCCUCGCUCAAGCACUACGUCCUCCACCUCAAGAAACUGUACACGGAGGGCGACGAGGUGGCGCAUGUCACCAGCGCGCAGUGCCUGCAGGCGCUGGCACGCAAGGACGCCAUCAAAGAGCACUUCAAGGUCGUCAUCCCGCUGGUCCUGCUGGGCAAGAAUGACGAGUCGGAGGAGACGCGUAAGCUGUUCAAGGGCGUGUGGGAGGAGAUCGGCACCAACAGCGUGGUGCAGCUCUACCUGAAGGAGGUGCUGGAAGCCCUCACCGAGUCGAUCGGCGCGGCUUCGUGGGCGCUCAAGAAGCAGGGCGCGCUCACGCUGGCCGAGGUGGUUGAGAGCCAGUCCAACGUCAACGCCAUCACGCCCUACCUGGAGAGCCUCUUCGCGCUGCUACUCACCGGCCUCAAGGGCAGGACCUGGAACGGCAAGAGUGGGCUACUGGUCGCGCUGGCCUCGGUCUGCCGCGUGUGCAAGGACCUGCUGCUGGGCCAGGCGGCGGCGGGGUCGGCGUCCGGCGGGCCGAAGCUGCCGGCGCCCGCGCAGCUGCUGGCCACGGUGAUCGCCGAGUGCAAGAAGCGCGACAAGGAGUACAAGCUGCAGGCCAUCGUCACCCUCUCCGCCCUCCUCACCCUCUUCCCCGACAUCGACGUCUACAGCCAGGUGAAAGAGGAGAUUCAAGAUAUUGCGGCGGGGGAGAUCGAGGAGGACGAGGACGAGGAGGCCAGCAAGGGCAAGGAGCGCGAGGAGGAGUCGUCGGGAGAGGGCGGCGGCGGCGAGGAGUCGCGCAAGCGGAAGGCCAUCCGCGAGAAGCUCCGCGUCGCGGCGGUCACCGCCCUGGGCAACGCCUUCCCGUCGGCCUCGGCGCCCGCCGCCCAGCGCGCCCACCUCGAGGCCCACGCCCGCUUCCUCGUCGCCCACGCCCGCACCUCCGUCGCCGUGUUCCAGGUGCCCCUCCUCCACGCCCUCACCCGCUGCGUCCGCGUGCUCGCCGCCCCCGCCAAGCCCGCAGCCGCCGCCACCACCACCGGCGACGACGACGCGGCGUCGGCGAUGGACGUCGAGGGCGAGGAGAGCACGGGCGUGACCCUGAGCCCAGGCCUGGUGCGCGACAUUCUGGACCUGUGCUGGCUCAUCACCGGCGACACCAAGUUCCCAUCGGUGCGGCAAGCCGCGCUCGAGCUGGUGCGCGAGGUGGUCACCAAGUGCAAACACAAUACGGAGCUGUUGGACGAGGAGCUGGUGGCCCAGAUCAAGGCCGAGCUGGAACGCGCGCGAGCGGACACGUCGCAGCUGAUCCUCAUCCAGACCAUCGUCACCCUCCUCCACGAACACUCGACCGCCGCCCCGCCCUCCAAGCGCACUCGCCUCUCGCCCGACGCCUCCUAA